UCUCUCUCUCUCUCUCUCUCUCUGUUCAUCAGUAAAGCAGCAGCUGAGCUCUUUACUCAUUGAACUUGAAAACCUGCUGGAAACGCUUUCACCGGAGCUGCUGCUGCUGAUAACCGACAAACAUGUUCUGCAGACGGGCAUGGCAGAGAGUCGGGCCGCUGGCACGGAAGGCUUUCAAACCGGCAUCCACAAACACGACUCCAGUACGACACAUGGCCUUUGGGGUCCCUGGAGGCUCCAACAACAUGACAUAUUUUGUUUUGUGUGGAGGAGGCCUCACUGCUGCAGUCGUCUAUGCCUACAAGACAGUCAACGGUGAUACUGAGGACAAACUCGCCAACACAGGCUCAGCGGCAAAAGCUCCUGCAGCCGAAGCAGCACCAGAGGCAGCAGCUCCUGCAGCUGAACCUGCUCCAGUGGAGGAAGCUGCACCAGUCGUCGAGGUCGCUGUCGAGUCUGUCGCUGCUGCUGUAGAACCAGUAGCAGAAACCGCCGCCGAACCUGUCGCCGAGGCUGCAUCUGAAGAAGCUCCCGCUGUGGCUGUCGAAGCUGUUGUCGCCGAGCCUGCAGCCGAGCCUGCAGCCACAGAAGAAGCCGCUGCUCCUGCGGCAGCCGUGGAAGCUGCACCUGAAGCCGCUGUGGAAGUCCCUGCUGCUGUGGAAGUCGCUGCCGCUGUGGAGGCACCAGCAGAAGCCCCAACAGCAGAGAGCACUGAGUCUAUGCCAGAUCUGCUCACAGCUGUGAAGAUCUUGGCCAGCUCUCCAGUUGAGAUCGCAGCCGCUUCAGUUGGUGAGACAAGUCUGGUGACAGCUGUCCGACAAAUUGAAAGUGAAGAAAAAGGAGUGGAGUCCACACAGGAGGUGUUGGAACCAGAAGCUCUGGAGGCAACUCCAGAGGUGACAGCUAAAGAGGCAUCAGAGGAGCCAGCUGCUGUAGAAAGCGAAGAGGAGCUGAAGUCUGCAGAGCCUGAGGAGGUGCCUGGAAAUGAUGAAGCAUCGGCUCCAGCUGCAGAAGAAGCGAUAACAGAGGAGACAUCUGCUCCUGCUGCUGCAGAGGAGGAGGAAGCUGCUGCUGCUUCUUCUGAGGAAACUGCUGCAGGCCCCACAGUGGAGGAGGCUGAGGCUGAAGGUCAGGAACUACAGGCAGAAACUGCUCCUGAAGAUGCUGCUCCCACUGAGGAAGCUCCUUCUGUUGCGGAGGUCACCAUUACUGCUGAAGCUGCUCCAGUGGAUGAAACAUCAGCACAGGAGGAAGCAGCUGGUGAAACAUCAGCACAGGAGGAAGCAGCUGGUGAAACAUCACCACAGGAGGAAGCAGCUGGUGAAACAUCACCACAGGAGGAAGCAGUUGGUGAAACAUCAGCAGAGGAGGUAGGAGCUGGUGAAACAUCAGCAGAGGAGGUAGCAGCUGGUGAAACAUCAGCAGAAGAAGCUCCGGCAGAGGAAGCAGUCAUUGGCGUGACUCAGCUGGCAGCAGCCUCUACUGGCCCGGACCUGGAGGUUCUUUCAGCUGCAGAGCCAGAAUCUCCAGCGCAUGAGGAGGAACAUUGCCACUCCUGCCACUCUGCUCCAGCAGCAGCAGCAGAGGAGGUGGCGCCAUCUGCUGCUUUGGGAGAGAAGCUGGUCACUGAGGGAGCUCUGGAUAUUACACUUGAAGUCAAUGAGGCCACAUCACUGGUGGAGGGACAAGAGCCACAGGUGUCUAGCUGGACUGUAAAAAGCUGCUCAGUGAUGUAAUAUUGCAGUUUAGAAGGGACGAUGGCGGUGGCGACAGCCCAGUCGUGACAGCGUGCCUUCCAUAACACUCUUCCUAUCUGUCGAUCAAACCAGGAUGACUGAUGGAAAACACAGGAAAGGAGUAGCUGCAGAUUAACUAUCUAAUGUGCCCUUUCUGAAGCGUUACCACAGAGUUCUGUUUUACUUGUGCAGUCAGUGUUAGCAUGUGUGAAAUGAUUCCAGUGAUUGUCCUCUAGGUGCUGCUGCUGCCAAACCUUUCGUGACCAGCUGAGGUUCUUGCAGUCUGCAGCGGAGUGGAAGUGAUUUGCUGUUGCUGUAAUUUUGUGAUAGGCUGCACACAAGAGAUUAGGUGGGGCUGCACCUACUGUGUAUGUCAUUUACCUGCUUGUGUCAGAUGAGAUUAUAGCCAAGAGAUGUACUUUUUGUCACUUUUUCCUGUAAUACAAGUGCAGGUGCAAAUAUGAGUAUCUUGAAGUACUUCAGAGCAUUACACUUUUAAAAUGUUGCUCAUUUAAAAUGGAUGCAUUUCUAGAUUUUAAAAAAAAAAUCCCAAAAUCCAAAUGAAAAUGUUACACUAAGGUUUUUAAAGCUGAUGUAUGUAAUAGCAAGUCCAGAUUUGGUGCAUGUAUCUUCCUUUUUGAGGUGUUGUUGUUUGAAUUUUACCCUGUACAAUAAAAGAUUUCUAAAUCACAUUUAAGCUCAAACUAAGAUAAAUUCGUUUGAUUGUACUGAACAGCAAUGCUUCCACUUAUCUAAAAGUUGUACAAGGACACAAAUGAUUUACUGUUAAAUGCGGGAAUGAAAAAGUUAUCAGUGCAAUGAAUUCCUGCUGUCAUUGCCGGCUCUCUAUUUUGAUACCAUUAAUUACUGUAUUCAGCAGAACUAUACUAGAAACCAAAACUAAACAAUAUCAAUAAAGUUUAUAUCCACACAUAUGCAAACAUUUGUGUAGAUACAAAUAUUUCCACUUAUAUACAUACAUACUGAGGAAGACAGUGAGAGAAGAUAGAUGUAGAUGUAGAAGCAGAUGGAUACAUUGUUUCAAAUACAGUUGCAUGUGUAUUGUAUAAAUGCCCAUAUAUGCUAUUAAAUUAUGAAUAUAUAGUGUUUAUUUAGUAAAUUGUAAUACAAGCAAAGUCUCUGUUGAUAACGAGCUCAUCUUUUAAAUAAAGUGAUGUGGAAACAAUUAAA